AUGAGCACCACCUUCGGCAUCACCUUUCUCGGCACCUCCGCCGCCGUUCCCACCGUGAAGCGCAACGUCUCCGCCACCCUGGUGACGUAUCGGGAUUUGAAGUGGCUGAUCGACUGCGGCGAGGGCACACAGCGGCAGAUCACGCGGGCGGGCAACGGCUUCAAGAACCUCACGCACGUCUUUCUGAGCCACGAGCACCUGGACCACAUCCUCGGCAUGGGCGGGCUUCUGGCGACCUUCAACAUGCUGCAGCCGGUCAAGCGGCUGGCAGUUUACGGCAAUCCUGCGACCCUCGGCCGGGUGCGCCAGAUGGCCGGCUUCAUCGGCCGCUCGCUGCAGUACGAUCUGCAAUGGCACGAGAUCAGCGAGGGACUGAUCUACACGCACCGCCAGCUCGACUGUUAUGCCUUCGCAACGAAGCAUCGGGUCAAGCGGUCAUACGGCUUUGUGUUCCAGGAGAAGCCCCGGCGUCGGUUUCAGCCCGAAGCCGCCGAACGUCUCGGCAUUCCCCCCGGACCGGAACGGCGCCGGUUGCUCGCCGGCGAAAGCCUGCGCGGCGCCAACGGGCAGAUCGUGCGGCCCGACGACGUGCUGGGGCCGGAAGAGCCCGGCAAGAAGCUCGUUUACGUCAGCGAUUCGAUGUAUUUCGAUGGGCUAACAGAGGCGGCGGCCGGUGCCCAUUGCCUGAUCAGCGAGGCCACCUUUUUGCAGGCGGAUGCGGAGUUGGCCGCCGAAGUCGGCCACAUGACCGCCGCGCAGGCCGCCAGCGUGGCACGCGACGCUGGCGUGGAGGUGCUGUAUUUGAACCAUCUGUCGCAGCGUUACGCGCAGGCCGAGCACCUGUUUCUUGAAGAAGCACGGCGGAUUUUCCCGAACACGCAUCUCGCCAAUGAUCUGGAGAGCAUCACGGUGUAA